AUGUCUCGGUUCGGGCGGGGAGGGAGAGCUCCGGAUCCCCGGGCUGGGUUCCGGGACCAGAAGGAGAAGGAGCCGCCGGUUCCCCAGGGAUUGAUCAAUGCGGCCCGGAAGAGCGGACAGCUGAACCUUUCCGGGAGAGGCCUGAGCGAGGUGCCGUCGAGCGUCUGGCGGAUAAAUGUGGACACCCCGGAGGAGGCGCACACCAACGUGCAGUUCGGUGGGACGGACCGAUGGUGGGAACAGACCGACCUGACCAAGCUGAUCCUGGCCUCCAACAAACUGCAGUCCCUGUCGGAGGAGCUCCGCCUGCUGCCGGCUCUGGUGGUGUUGGAUGUUCAUGACAAUCUGCUGCCGGAACUUCCCAGAGAGAUCGGGGAGCUGGUGAAUCUUCAAAGGCUGAAUAUAAGUCACAAUAAGUUGAAGAGUCUUCCAGAAGAGCUGGCCCAGCUACAGAACCUCAAGAGUCUUCUUCUUCAUCACAACCAGUUAGAGGAGGUCCCUAACUCCAUGGGUCAGCUGACCGCUCUGGAGGAAUUGGACUUCUCCAAUAACAGUCUGAGGAGCCUUUCGAGCUGUCUUGGGGCCCUCACCUACCUCACCCGGCUGAACUUAUCCAACAACAAGCUGAAGGUCCUUCCUCCGGAGAUCAGCCACAUGAAGAGGUCUCGUCAGCUGGACUGCACCUCCAACCUGCUGGAAGACAUCCCUCCUUCCCUGGCCGGUAUGGACUGUCUGGAGCAGCUGUAUCUGAGGCAGAACAAACUGACCUUCCUGCCAGAGCUGCCCGACUGCAAGCUGCUCAAGGAGCUGCAUGUUGGGAACAACCAGAUAAGUACAGUGGGCCCCCAGCACCUGACACACCUCACUUCCCUCUGUAUUCUCGAGCUGCGGGAUAACAAGCUGAAGAGCCUACCAGAUGAGAUAAUCCUGCUGAAGGGACUGGAGAGGCUGGAUCUCAGCAAUAAUGACCUUGGCAGUUUGCCCGGUGCCCUGGGAAAUCUUCCGAAUUUGAAAUCCUUACAGCUGGAGGGUAAUCCACUGAGGGGGAUUCGUAGGGACAUACUGAGUAAAGGCACUCAGGAACUACUGAAGUAUUUAAGAGACAGAAUACAAGUUUCAGCGUUAAAGAGUGAAGAAAAUACAAGUCCUGUGGUCACGGCUAUGACACUUCCAAGUGACUCUGUGGUUAAUACACAUGCGAUUACUACACUGAAGACUUUAGAAUAUAGCGACAAGCAGGCUGCUGCCAUUCCAGAUGCAGUUUUCGAUGCUGUCGGCUCCUGUCUUGUCACCACAGUAAAUUUCAUCAAAAAUCAACUGACUGAGGUGCCCCCAAGGAUUGUAGAAUUGAAAGAAUCUGUGUGUGACGUCAACCUGGGUUUCAAUAAAAUCCCAGCAAUCACCUUGAAUUUGUGCAUGUUACUGAGAUUAACACAUCUGGAUAUGAGGAAUAACUUUCUGUCAUCACUCCCUGAUGAGCUGGAAGCUCUGACCCACCUGCAAUCCAUCAUCCUUUCUUUUAACAGGUUUAAAACUUUCCCCGAGGUUCUGUACCGGAUCCCUACUAUGGAUACGAUUCUCAUUAGCAGCAAUCAGAUUGGAUGCAUAGAUCCUUUGCAGCUGAUUAAACUGACAAAGCUGUCCACCCUGGACCUCCAGAAUAACGACCUCCUGCAGAUCCCGCCAGCCCUGGGGAACUGUGAGAGCAUAAGAGCUCUCCAUCUGGAAGGAAACCCCUUCAGGAACCCACGGGCUGCCAUUUUGGCCAAGGGGACUACAGCUGUUUUGGAGUAUCUCCGGAGCCGUAUUACCACCUGA